GCGCAUCGUUCCCUUACAAGGAGAUACAUAACACGUGGCGACGAGUGGACCCGCAUUAUUUUCACAAAUAUGUCUACCGGAACGACAUACGGCGUGCUUUCUACAUUUGAUCACCUGUCUCAAGACUGGAAUAGUUAUAAGUUGCGAUUGAAUCAAUGGUUUAUCGCUAACGACAUAACAUCGGAAACGGACAAAGCGACAAUCAAACAAAGGGCGAUUUUAUUGACGUCAUUAUGUGAAUCUACGUUUAAACUCGCAACGGACUUGGCGUUACCCAACAAGGUGGAAGAAUUGGGUUACGAGGCUAUAGUAAAACUCCUCGACGAUCACUUCACACCAAAAAGGUUCGGGUUUGCAGAGAAAUCAAUUUUCUAUGCAGCUACACAGCGACCAGGAGAAACGCACACUCAAUGGGCGGCCAGGAUCAGAGGAUUAGCGACUCACUGUGCAUUCAAGAACUUGGAAGAAGCCUUGCUAGAUAAAUUUAUCAUGGGCAUGGUGGCAGGACGUGAGCGGGAAAAACUGUUCGUGCAAGACCAGCGGGAGCUGACACUCGCGAAGGCCAUUGACUUGGCAGAGAGCGUGCGCUGUGCGCGCCAGGCUUCGGCGCAGCCAGCGCCGGGCGUGUGCGCCGCCAGCGCACCGGGCCCCGACGUCGUCUUUAGCAUUUCCAAGAAGGAAAAGUGUAACGUGUGUGGAUUCACUAAUCACAAGUCUGAUCAGUGUCGGUUUAAAAACUAUAAGUGUAAAAAGUGUAAUAAUAAAGGUCAUUUACGUAAAAUGUGUCCUAAUGAAAGAAAAGUGAAGUACGUGGGUGAAGGUACUGUGGAUGACGGAGACGACGACGGUGAGUGUUUUUAUAAUAUUCGUUGCGUAAAAGGAAAACCUAUGACGGAGCGUGUAAUGAUCAGUGGUCUAGCUUUGGAGUUCGAAAUUGAUAGUGGUUCAGCGGUGAGCGUAAUAUCCAAAGAUACCUACAACAUUCAUUUCAAGCGAUUGCCGUUAUCAGCCACCAACAAAAAACUAUUUAGCUAUACGGGAGAAAACAUCAAAACGAUCGGAAUAGUUUUAUUACCCAUAUCUUAUCUCGGGCGUACGCAUACCCUCAACGUGUAUAUAGUGCACGCAAGCGGACCGCCGCUGUUAGGCCGCGAUUUCAUUCGGGCGUUCGACCUGGAGUUAGUGCCGGCGCGCGUACACGCCAUGUUUGACUCAGAACAAACGGUACGCGAAGCUAAUAUGGAUAAAAAACUUAGUAACAUGUUCCCAAAAGUUUUUUCAGGUAACCUCGGAGCUUUUAACAAAUAUAAAAUAGAUUUACAUUUAAAACCCGACGUUAAACCGAUUUUUUUCAAAGCGAGGCCAGUACCUUACGCGUUAAAAGAAAAAAUAGACAAGGAGCUCGACAGAUUAUUGUCAUUAGGUAUCUUACAGCCUGUUGAACACUCGGAGUACGCGUCGCCUGUUGUGCCGGUUUUAAAAAAGAACGGUAGCAUCAGAUUAUGUGCCGAUUACUCUGUUACAAUCAAUAAACAGUUGAUAAUAGAUCAGUAUCCUUUGCCGACGGUAAAUGACUUGUUAGCCAAAUUACACGGGGGCGUACAAUUCAGUAAAAUUGAUUUAUCUAUGGCUUAUAAUCAGUUCAUUUUGAAUAAAGAAUCUCAGAAGUUAACUUGCGUCAAUACUCACCGCGGUCUUUUUAAUUUCACUCGAUUGGUAUUUGGGUUGUCCAGCGCGCCUGCCAUAUUCCAGCGCGCAAUGGAGUGUUUGCUCUCAGGUAUCGAUGGAAUCAUAUUUCUACUUGACGAUAUUCUUAUAACCGGAGAAAAUAAAGACCAGCACAUGCAGAGACUUAUCACUGUUUUGCAACGCUUGGAUGAUGCCGAACUAACGGUGCAGAUGAGUAAAUGCGAAUUUUUUAAAGAUGAAAUUUCAUAUCUCGGUCACGUCAUAGAUAAACAUGGAGUUAGGAAGUCGCCCGAUAAAGUUAAAGCUAUAUUACAAGCUCCUAAACCGACAAACGUGUCACAGUUGCAGUCGUUCCUAGGACUGACUAAUUAUUAUAGGAACUUUGUACCGGACGCAUCGUCCGUAUUAAGUCCAUUAUAUAAUUUAUUAAAUAAAAAUACGAAGUGGAAAUGGACUCGCAUUCACGAUGACUCAUUCAAUCAUAUAAAAAACAUAUUAGCAUCUGAUAAAACAUUAGCGCAUUUUGAUCCACAGGCAAAGUUAAUAUUAACAGUAGACGCGUCGCCGACAGGGUUAGGAGCUGUACUAUCACAAGUGGGCGAAAACGGGUUAGAAAGGCCGAUAUCUUAUGCUUCCCGGACGUUGUCGUCAGCAGAAAAAAAUUACGCGCAAAUCCAAAAGGAAGCGACAGCGAUAAUUUUUGGGGUAAGACGGUACCACCAGUAUCUAUAUGGUCGGUCCCAGCCUUUCGUACUAAGGACAGACCAUAAGCCCCUGUUAGCUAUAUUCGGGCCCCAUAAAGGUAUUCCCGAGGUAUCGGCAAACCGCCUACAGAGAUAUGCUAUAUUUUUAGCUGCGUAUAAUUACACUAUUGAAUACAUCAGUAGUAAGCACAACAGCGCGGAUUAUUUAUCUCGAGCAUACGGGGAUGAGAACGUGACGCAGGCGCCGGACGAACUCGCAGAGUGCGAGGAUCGCGCGGCGUACGUUAACUUCGUAAUUGAUGGGGACUUACCGAUUACGUUGAGCGACUUGCGUAGUGAGACGGCUCGCGACACUCGGCUGACAUCUGUCAAGCAUUAUAUUUUAAACGGCUGGCCUAGGAAGAUACAUGACGCAGGGUUAAAACCAUUUUUUAAUUGUCGAACACAAUUAUCAUACGAAAAUGGUAUCUUAAUGCGCGGACAUAAAGUCGUAAUUCCAUCGGUUUUUCAGGAAAGCAUAUGUAGGGAACUGCAUAGUUCACAUUUCGGUGUGGUAAAAAUGAAAGCAGAAGCUCGCAAGCGGCUGUGGUUUCCCGGUGUGGACGCAGAGCUGGAGCGCAUAGCGGCGGCGUGCGGCGUGUGCAGUGCGCUGCGGCCCGCCCCGCCGCACGCCCCACUCGCGCCCUGGCCGUUGCCGCCGCAUCCUUUUUAUCGGAUUCACAUAGAUUUCUUGGGUCCGAUUCACAAUAACAUGUUUUUAAUUAUUGUAGAUGCGUACAGUAAAUGGGUUGAGUGUUACGAUAUGUCAUCAUCACAUAACUCCAAGGCGGUUAUAAAUAAAUUAUGUGAUUUGAUGUCGCGAUUUGGAGUCCCACACACCUUGGUGAGUGAUAACGGUACAUCCUUUACAUCCUUAGAAUUUAAAGAUUUUUGCAGUCUUAACGGUAUCGAACAUGUCUUAUCGCCGGUAUACCACCCGGCUAGUAAUGGGCAAGCCGAAAGCUUUGUCAAAAUAGUAAAAAAGGGGCUUAAGGCUAUUAUUUUCGAGGGGUGUAAUAAAAAAACUAUUAGUGAAAGGGUUUCGAAAUUUUUAUUCGAUUACAGGAACUCUAAAAAUAGCACCACUGGCAAGUCACCCUCAGAGAUUGUAUUCGGGCGUGCGUUGCGCUCGCGACUAGACUUGUUGAACACUAGCACACCGACACCGUCACCUUCGUCCACAGACCUAAUUCAGACCGUCGCGCGUAAUCAGUCCUUACAGGCUAAAUACUAUCGUGGUGUACAAAGACCUAAUUAUAAGCAAAAUGAAAAAGUUUGGAUCACAAAAAAUACUAAUAAUAAGAAAUACAGUUGGAUUGAAGGAAUUAUUAAAAGACAAAUCGGCAACGUACUGUACAGUGUGUACAUCCCGCAGUUGAGGUCUGAGGUCAACAGACACACGGACCAGAUAAGGAAAAGAGUGGACACUACACCGAGCGACGACUUAAGCUGGGACCCGGACGUGAUACCGGAUGUGGCACCACCGACUAUCACUCACUCUGAGAGAGUUCCACCGCCGGAAGGGGAAGGAAGGCCGGAUCCGGACCUUGGACAAGGGGCGACGUCGUCAGCUACACCGGUGACUCCACCACGCACCACCGCCUUGACUCAAAGGCGACGGGCUAUAAGUCCUAUCUUCUCGACACCUACAGAAAGCCAGUAUGUCAGUGAUGAUAGUGAUAGGACGAACCAACUGAUACUUUAAGCUAUAAGGUGUAUGAUUAAGUAUAAUUAGUUAAAAGUAUUCAUAGUUUAAGGGGGAGGGAUGUUAUGUAUGUAUGUAUAGAUGCAAAGGUAGAAUGCGGGCUGCGCCCCGCUUCCCCGCUCCGCUAUGAAGUUUAGAUAAAAUAAACCAGUGUGCAACUAA